ACCCUUCAAUAAUAAGCUCAAAAGAAAAGAAAAAAAUGGCAGCAAAAUGCAGUGUUCUUGUUCUUGUUCUUGUUCUCGUAUCGACAUCGAUGUUGAGAAUUGCCGAUGCAAACAAGAACUGGGGCGCAGGUGGUUUCUGGGGCUACAGACCCAGAAACGCGACCAACACAUUGGUCGUUGGCGGAUCCCAAAACUGGCGCUUCGGCUUCAACUACACCGACUGUGUUCAAGUACGACCCGCCGAACGACACCACAUUCCCACACAGUGUUUACCUGCUGCGCGAUUUCCGGAGUUUCCAAAACUGUGAUCUGAGGAGAGCCAAGAAGAUUGGGGAUGUGAAUGAGGGCGGCGGUGGCGGCUUCCUGUUCGUGUUGAAGAGGUGGCAGCCGUACUACUUUGCAUGCGGGCAGCGCGACGGCAUCCACUGCAAAGUUGGGCUUAUGAAAUUCGCAGUGUGGCCGUUGAUCCGCUCCUUCUAUUGAUCCAACACACUAAUAUAAAUUAUUUGUAACAAAGAAUAAGCAUCAUUAAUUGUGUUUUGUGUGCCCUUUUUGCUUUUGUUUCUUUCCCUCCAUUUUGUUGCUCAAGAUUCUUGUUCAAUUUGUAUUCGCCCUAAGAUUCAAUAAAUUUAUCUUCA